GGAUCUUUUACUUUUAAAUCAUAGGUUCUAUGUACCACCCGGAGCACGAAUUUGCAAUUAUCAUUUAAAUCAUGGUCACUGGAAUGAAUUAACCUCCCAGCUAAGAGAUUUUACUGGUACACAGUUUGAUAACAUUUUAAACAUGUUGCAGCGAGCUGCCAAAUACCACAUUGAUUUUUCGAAUAUUGCAACUAUGCCGGCAUAUUUAUGUCAUUACUGGUUAGGUAUGACUUCUAAUCAAUUUCAUGAUUUAUUAAAUUCUAUUCCAAGUCUGUCAGACUCUGUACCUAAUGCCACUAUUGCUUUGUCUAUGUAUUUAGUUAAACUGCGAACAGGUGAUAGUAACGAAAGAUUGGCAACACUUUUCGAGAAAUCUCGAACUACCUUAGAACGCUGGAUGAAUGCAGCUAGAGAGUGUCUAACUAGACAGUUUGUACCGAUGCAUUUAGGAUUUAAUCAUCUAACCAUAGAAGAUGUUGCUUCUAGAAAUAGAAUAAUCCCUGAAGGAUUAUUUGGUAAUCCAGAUUUGCCCCCAAAUACCAAACCGGCAAUAGUCAUGUGUGAUGCAACAUAUGUAUUUAUGCAGAGUAGCACUAAUUAUUUAUUUCAAAAACAGACUUAUAGUUUGCAGAAACUAGAUAAUUUAGUAAAGCCAUUUAUGAUAGUAUGUUGUGAUGGUCACAUAAUAGAUUGUUUAGGGCCCUAUAAAGCAACCACUAAUGAUGCUACGAUUACUAGUUUGAAUCUUCGUAAUGAGGAGUCUGGUAUAAGAACAUUUUUCCGGACAGGCGACAUCUUUAUACUUGACAGAGGUUUCAGGGAUGUCAUAUAUGAAUUACAAGAAUGUGGUUUUGUGACACACAUGCCAGAAUCUUUAUUAGAAAACGAACAUCAGUUGACAACCCAGCAAGCAAAUCGGUCUCGUUUUGUAACUAUGUGUCGUUGGGUUGUAGAAGUCGUUAAUGGGAGAAUUAAAAGGGACUUUAGACUCUUUCGACAUGUAUAUAAUAAUCGUGCUGCUUUGCAUCUAAAGGACGAUUUUAGAAUAUGUUGUGCACUAACAAACAUGUUCCAUGUAUCCAUACAGGAUCCACCAGAGGCUGCAGAGUAUGUUAGAAUAGCAAAAAAUAGGCUUGAGCUUGAAAACCAUUUAGCAAUAUAUGUAGAACAAGAAAAUCUGAAUAGAAGGAGAACGAAUUUUCAAAUGAUUGAUCACAUUAAUCUACAUUUAAAUAGGUUUCCCCGACUAUCAAUUAAUGAUUUAAAGCAAUUUGCUCUGGGUACCUAUCAACUUAAACAAGCCAGAUCGUACUAUGGGGAACAUGUCCGUCGGACUGGUACGUAUCAUGUAGAAGUAAAUGACGUGAUUGAGGAUGAUAUACCUCUGAUUUUGGGACAUAAUAACUAUCUGUUGAGAGGCAGGAUUAAAUCGAGACACAUAAGUAGUCGCACCUAUUUUACCUACUUAUUAAUUAGCAAAGAUGAUGCUGUGGCUAAUGCAUUAGACGCGAUUGUCGGUUACUCAUGCAGCUGUCUGGUAGGAAAAAGAACUGUGGGCUGUUGCGCUCAUAUAAUGACUAUAGUUUGGUUUUUGAGCUGGGGGCGCUAUAAUGAUAUAACUGCUCCAGCUUCGUAUUUAGACGAUUAUUUCAUGGAGUAUGAGGAAUAACUAAGGUAUUAUAUACCUAACACAAUUCUAUUUCAUGUUAUAUAUGUAUGUAGGACAUCUAAAAUACAAGUACUUUUUUUUUCUUUUCU